GCCCAGGGCGCAGGCGCGGUGUCGGCCCCACCGCGCGUCGUCCUCGCCCCAGUCCCGGCCAAUCCCUUCGAAUGCGGCCGAGGCCGGGAAAUACUAGCCAAUCACGGCGCGCGCUGUUGACGCCGGCCAAUGGGAGCUCCGGAAGGCGGUGCGGAGACGCAGGCGGCGGGCGGUGGCUGAUCGCGGCGGGCGGUGGCUGAUCAUGGCGGCCCGGCGCGGGGCUCUCAUAGUGUUGGAGGGCGUGGACCGCGCCGGGAAGAGCACGCAGAGCCGCAAGCUGGUGGAAGCGCUGUGCGCCGCGGGCCACCGCGCCGAACUGCUCCGGUUCCCGGAAAGAUCAACUGAAAUCGGCAAACUUCUGAGUUCCUACUUGCAAAAGAAAAGUGACGUGGAGGAUCACUCGGUGCACCUGCUUUUUUCUGCAAAUCGCUGGGAACAAGUGCCGUUAAUUAAGGAAAAGUUGAGCCAGGGUGUGACCCUCGUCGUGGACAGAUACGCAUUUUCUGGUGUGGCCUUCACCGGUGCCAAGGAGAAUUUUUCCCUAGAUUGGUGUAAACAGCCAGACGCAGGCCUUCCCAAACCCGACCUGGUCCUGUUCCUCCAGUUAGAGUUGGCGGAUGCUGCCAAGCGGGGAGCGUUUGGCCACGAGCGCUAUGAGAACGGGGCGUUCCAGAAGCGGGCGCUCCAGUGUUUCCACCAGCUCAUGAGAGACACAACUUUGAACUGGAAGAUGGUGGAUGCUUCCAAAAGCAUCGAAGCUGUCCAUGAGGACAUCCGUGUGCUCUCUGAGGAUGCCAUCCGCGCCGCCACAGAGAGGCCGCUGGGGGAGCUGUGGAAGUAACCUGAGGCUGCCCACUGGAGACGCCUGUCCCUGCAGUCCCUCGAGAGGUGGGAGACUCGCGGAAGGCCCCGUCCCCAGCGGUAUCCAGACCCAACUUCAGGAGCUUUCCCAGCAGCGAGAUCUGCAGGCUGCCUCUUCUGCCCCGGAGCUGGGGUGCACUGGGGACCCCCAUGGUGGGGACCUUGGCAGUGUGGACAUGAGCAGAGCGAUGGAGCGGUCUCCUGCCCUCUCCCCUGUCCUGAUGGCACUCUGUUGUAUUUUCUUACUGAAGUUCAGUGGUAACUCUGAGCAGUUUCAUUGUGAUCAUUGUAAAUGGUAAUCAGUUGGAAUUCUCCUAAAUGUCUUCCAGACACUAGUAAAAAUUGACCUGAAAAUUG